AUGGUAGACACUGAGGGUCUGGCUGAACAAAAACAGCAACACGGGGGACCUCGAUUUAAAUCUGCACAUUGCCAAGGGCAAGGAGCCAAGAACAUGGAUAGAGAGAAGUUUCAGCAGAAGGCUCUGAAGCAAACUAAGCAGAAGAAAUCCAAGUCGGCUGAAUUUCUGAUGGUUAAAGAAGACAGAGCAGCUACAGAAGGCAUUGGAAACCCAGCUUUUAACAUGAGCAGCCCAGAUCUCUCAGCACAUCAGAGUUCAAAAGAGAAAGUUAUUAGACAUGACAUGCUGGAUCGCACCCUUGCAGCUCACCAACAAAAAUCCAGGCUGCCAGCCCCUGCACAACCAAAAGGAAAUGAAUACGGCAGAAAUUACUUUGACCCACUGAUGGAUGAGGAAAUAAACCCAAGGCAGUGUGGGAUGCAGGUCAGCAGAGAGGGUGAUGAGAGAACUCUCUAUAAUCGAUUAAUGGAACUGUUUGAUGACAGUGGACAAAGAGAAUUCCAAGAUGAGAGCAACCAUGAGGACACAUGGGAUUCUGAGGCACCCACAGGUUCCCGUAAGAGUCAUGGAUUCCACAAAGAGGCCGAUGAAACUACCCCUGCUUACGUCAAAGAGUUUGAAAGAUGUGCUCGGGAAGACAUUGUUCUGCUUGGAAGUUCUUCUUCAGAGCAGGAAUGGAAAUUUGAUGGGGAAGGACUCCACCGGCACAUUCCUGUGUCAUGUUUAAAGACUGAUAAAACAUUUCGGAACCCCAGAGCUCCACCGAUCACUGCAGACUUACCCAUUGGUAAAAGGGACAACGUGGCCAAGCUCGGCUCCCUCACAGAAGUAACUAAUGAUUCCCAGGGAGCAGCAGGAUCUUGCUGGCAGGACUCUUGA